AUGAGGAAUUUGGAUGAGGUUCUUGGUAUUAUGGAGGCUCAGUCACUAUUUGCCAAGAUGUCCAAAUGCGAAUUUGGACUUACAAAGAUAUUAUACUCAGGUCACGUGAUUUGUGCAGAUGGAGUGAAGGUUCACCAGGAAAAGAUACAGGCAAAGCUAGAUUGGCUGCCACCUAGGAAUGUUUCAGAGUUGUGGGGUUUCCUAGGAUUAUGUGCAUACUACAGGAGGUUUGUGAAGGGGUAUUCACAACUAGCAGCCCCUUUGAUAGAUCUUACACGGAAGGGUUCUUUUUGCUGGAUAGGUGAGGCUCAGAGGGUAUUUGACAGGCUUAAGCAGAAAGAGCUUAAUGAGCGCCAACAAAAAUGGGUCAGCAAGAUUCAGGCAUAUGAUUUCGACAUUGACUUUGUCAAGGGGAAGAAAAAUGUUGUUGCCGAUGCACUUUCCAGGAGACCUUCAGUUGCUGCCCUUUGUUCUAUAAGUGAGAUUUCAGCUGAUUGGAAGUCUCAACUUUCAGUUGAGUAUUCCAAAAAUCAGUUUGCAUGUGAGAUUAUAGAUGGACGGUUUGAAGAUGUGUGGAGUGUAGAAGAGAAUGCUGGAAAUAUAAAGAAGCUGCUGACAACUGUGUAA